GACGUGGGUUCUCCGGGGCUCAGCAACCCUUUCCCUGCUUCUGCAUGCUGGCUUCCCAGGGCCUCAGCGCUGAAGCACUUUGUUCCCAGCUCUGGAGAGUGAUGGCCCUUGGUCAUCCCCCCCGUGCGGCCUUCCUGUUUCACCCUGUGUCAGAGACGUGCGCUUGGAUGUGGCUGGACGUGAUUCACCCCCUCGGUGGCAGCCUUGCGCCCAGACCUCGAUCAUUUCCUCCUGCUGGGUCUCCCGCUCCCGCCAGCCCAUCUCCAGCCUGUUCUCGACACAGCGACAAGAAUGAUCUUUUAACACAGAAGUCGGAUGAGGUUGCUCCUCUGCUCAGAGUCGUCAGAGCCCUCAUGAUGGCCGGGACAUCUCUGUUAAAACGUAUCCUUCUCAAGGACAAAAUUUUUAAGUCUUUUAUUUUCUACUGAAUCUUCAGAAUCAAGACUUGAGCCUAGGAAUGAGAUCACUGUUGAUACUCACACAGCAAUUCUUGGAUUCCUACGUGGAGUUUUGAAGAAGCAUGCAUUUGAGGAAUUAAAAAGUCAACUCUCUAAAUUGGAAAAGGAUCAUUUAGAUGUCAUCUACUCCAAUUUCCCACCCUGCGCAGGAAUCCUUCUAUAGAAAAGCUUCCUAGAAGUCUGGAAUGUGUGUCAUUGUAAUCAAGAUUUCCUGUCUUGCUUGCACACUUGAGUUAUACGGAGGCAGAAAAGAACGUGACUAAAAUGGGCCUGUGUGUGACUGUGUUCCACUUCCUUUCCCUGGGGAUGCUUUAGAAAAACAAAUGAAGAGGGGUUUCAAAGGAGAAUGGCAGACGUGCACACUGCAGCCCGGAGAACUGGCCAUGUGCCUUCUGACCAAUGGUCUUCUGGUCAGUACUGCUAGCAGAAGUUGAUGACAACAGGAGCUGUCCAUAUCUGGCAGUGAAAAUCACUCCUGCCAUCCCCGUGGUUGGCGGCAUACUGUUCUUCUUUGUGAUGGGGACCCUGCUUCGCACCAGCUUCAGUGACCCCGGCGUCCUUCCGCGAGCCACGCCUGAUGAAGCCGCCGACCUGGAAAGGCAAAUAGAUAUUGCCAACGGCACCAGUUCAGGGGGGUACCGCCCACCUCCCAGAACCAAAGAAGUCAUCAUCAAUGGCCAGACUGUGAAACUUAAAUAUUGUUUCACCUGCAAGAUUUUCCGGCCCCCGCGUGCCUCCCAUUGUAGCCUUUGUGAUAACUGCGUAGAACGGUUUGAUCACCACUGUCCCUGGGUAGGCAACUGUGUGGGGAAAAGAAACUACAGAUUUUUUUAUAUGUUUAUUUUAUCUCUGUCUUUUCUGACAGUCUUUAUAUUUGCAUUCGUUAUCACGCACGUCAUUCUUCGUUCACAACAAACGGGAUUCCUAAAUGCCCUGAAGGACAGUCCUGCAAGCGUGCUGGAGGCCGUGGUGUGCUUCUUCUCUGUCUGGUCUAUCGUGGGGCUCUCGGGUUUCCACACGUACCUGAUCAGCUCCAACCAGACGACGAAUGAAGAUAUUAAAGGCUCUUGGUCAAAUAAAAGAGGUAAAGAAAAUUACAAUCCCUACAGCUAUGGGAAUAUCUUUACAAACUGCUGUGUUGCCCUGUGUGGGCCCAUCUCUCCCAGCCUCAUUGACAGAAGAGGGUACAUCCUGCCUGACACACCCCAGCCAGCUGCGCCCUCCAAUGGGAUGGCCGCGUACGGGGCCACGCAGUCUCAGAGCGACAUGUGCGACCAAGACCAGUGCAUUCAGAGCACCAAAUUCGUUUUGCAGGCCGCGGCCACGCCCCUGCUGCAGAGCGAGCCCAGCCUCACCAGCGACGAGCUGCACCUGCCUGGAAAGCCAGGCCUGGGCACGCCCUGUGCCAGCCUGACGCUCGGGCAGCCCACGCCGCCCUCUUCCAUGCCCAACCUCUCCGCCGAGGCCGUGCUCACAGACAUACUGCCUCUGAAAGAGGAGCACGUGGGCCACCAGUUCCUGACCCCAGAGGAAGCGCCAUCGCCGCCCAGGAUGCUGGCAGGCAGCCCCCUGGCGCACAGCCGCACCAUGCACGUCCUGGGCCUGGCCAGCCAGGACUCUCUGCAUGAGGACUCAGUGCGUGGACUGGUGAAGCUCAGCUCGGUGUGAUCAUGUGGCCCCCCUGCCCCGUGACUGCAGGCAGUGGGAGGGGCCAGACGGGGUGCCCCCCACAGCAACUUUCUGGUGACCCAAUGGCGUGGUGGUGAGGACAACUCCAGGUCCUGAGGCACAGGGGCCACACUGGGAGAGUAAAUGGAUCCCCUCCGAUAACAGAGGUGGGCAGGACCCCCGUGCUGACGGCUUGGUUUUAUUGGAAUUUUCUUCCCCACCCUGACGGCUUUGAUCAUAUUGAAAAUAGAGAAGUAGCUAUUUUCAGGCAUUUGGAAUAUGAAGGGUGGGCAUGGGGAGGGAGGAGCCUCGGGGGCUGCGAUCAGAGUCAGAGCAAAGGACCAUGCCUGGAUGUUCCACUGUCUGCUUGCUGCUCUUGUGACGGACGUCUGGAAGGUUUACGACGCUCGUGGCCGAACUGAAAUUGCACUUGUGUUAUGCUACUAAUAUUUGAAAUAGACAUGCCAUUCCAUUUGUUAAUUUAAAACAAACAAACAAAAACCUAAAGGGAAAAAGCGGCCAGAUGUGGAUUUGCAUGCCACGCGACAGUCUGUUUACAGUGUUGUUGGUAUUCAAAAGGAAGUGCUGCUUUCUUUCUUUCUUUCUUUUACUUUUGUGAAUUUUCGAGUGCUGUUUUAUGGGGAGACACAGCGACCAACCGCGACUAACAGACAGUGCCGUCUCUCGCCGGCUUCUUCGGCUUAAUUACACGUAGUAGGUGGCACCUGGGCUGGAGGGGUUUUAUCAGAUCCAGGAUCAGUUAACCUUCUGUUUAGUAGUCAGCCAAGGUAAUGUGUUGUACCACACCCCCCACAGUCUUCACCUCCUUGUGUGACCAAACUUCCUGUGGACAGCCAAUAAAAUGACGUCCUCUGUUA